AUGGAUGUUGGAUAUGCCGAUGACGUUUCCCUGUCGAGGACUAUUCCUGUGCCUUCAGCUGAUCAGGAUACAACUGUGGAAGAGGAGUCUACUCAUCUUAACUCCUGGACAGUAGACAACAGGAUGACGCUGAACGGUGGGAAGAGUUUGCUUCUCCAGAUCUGCUUCAGCAAAUCUGCUCCGAUUCCACCUAUGAUCACACUUGGAGGCCAACCAGUUCCGUCCGUUGACUGUGCCAAAGGACUAGGUUUCUACAUGGACAAGAACCUCACCUUCGACGAACAGAUCUCUGCAAUGAUCAGUAAAGCAUCGCGCAGACUACAUUAUCUGCGUCUGUUGACGAAGCAAGGUACCAGUGUAACGGACCUGAUACAGAUAUACCUGUCACUUGUACGUCCAGUACUUGAGUAUGGCCAUGUUAUACUGGUCGGGUGCAGUAAGGGGCAGGAACUGGCCAUCGAGAGGGUACAGCGCCGGGCCCUGCGCAUAAUCUCCCUUGGAGGUAGACGCAGUGUGCCCGACUUGCCAACACUGAAGGUCAGACGGGAGGAUGCAGCGGUACAGCUGUUUGAACGCAUGCUCAAGGAAGACCACCCCCUGCAUGACAUGGUUCCACCCACAAGAACUGGGGCCACGGGACUCACACUUAGAAACUCUAGGACAAUCAGUUUACCAAAAGCCCGUACUAAGAGACUCAGCAAGUCCUUCCUCCAUAGCGCCAUCCGUCUCUACAACAAGAAGGUUACACAGUAG